UGGGAUUAGAAUUUCUAAAAAAUAUAUUUGUGUGGGACUUUUUAACUUUAAAUUCAACUAAACUACCGUAAAGUUAGAUUCUUAAGAAAAGCGUUAAAGAAAGAAUAAGGAAUUUGGACUUUUAGUGUGGGCUUGAAGCUUGUGUUCUCUCAAGAACUCUUCCAUUUCCUUUGCAUUUAUUGUGUGUCAAGGGAAAGAAGGAUUUCCGAGUGUGUGAUAUAAUAUCGAUCUGUUUUCUCUGACAGUAUCAUACAUUGUGGCAAGGGUGGGAAGUAUUUCAUGAAAAUUUGAUGAAAAAUUCACAUUUUUAAAAAUUAAUCCUAAAGAAUGUACAUAGUUAAUUCGAAUGAUAACGGUGAAGCCAAAAAGAACCAAAAAACUUAAAAUUAAACCUUUAUCAAAUUUUCUCGGAAAAUAAAUUAAAAUCAAUAAAAGAAAAUAUAUUGUAUGCCACGUUGUGGAAAAAAAUGAAUUAAAAUCAUUUUAUUACUUUGUGAUAAAAAAUAUAUAGCAAAGUGGUCUAUAUAAAAUUCAUUGUUAGUGGAGAAUAAUUGAAUAAUCUAAAAUGUGAAAUCAAAAUAACAAAUUUGACUACAAAGUCAAGCCAUUUGAUUGCAAGAUUCACUAAUUUAAAAUCCGGCAACAUGGGAAUAUCAACAACCACGUCAGAUUUCAAUCAAUGGCUACAUGCAAUGAAAAUGGUAGCUCGGCUACCUGGUGGAGUUCCUCCUGAAUUUCGUAGAAAGUUGUGGAUUUCACUAGCGGAUCAGUAUUUAAAUACAAAAAAGAUUGAUUGGGUCAAGGAGCAAGAAAAAUGCCUAAUUGACCAAUCAGGAGUUGAUGAUGAAGAACUGGGAGCACAAAUUGUGAAGGAUUUACAUAGAACUGGAUCGAGUUUAUGUUCUGGACCUGCUGGAUCACUCAAUCAGGCAAAGCUGAAGAGAGUCCUGCUUGGCUAUGCAAGGUGGAAUCCAAGCGUAGGAUACUGUCAGGGAUUCAAUAUGCUCGGUGCGCUGAUACUUCAAGUAUUGGAUAAGAAUGAGGGGGAUACAAUUAAGGUGAUGAUAUACCUGAUUGAAGGAGUGCUACCGCCAAAGUAUUUCUGUGAUUCACUGAAUGGACUUCAAACGGAUAUGGCAGUAUUCCGGGAAUUACUGUCAACUAAAGUUCCUCGACUUUCGAAGCAUCUCUUCAAACUUCAAGCAUCCCUGGGGGAGGAUUCCUUCGAACCACCCUUGAUAAAUGUCUUCACAAUGCAGUGGUUCCUCACGAUUUUCUGCACAUGCCUGCCAAUCAAUUCCGUACUACGUGUAUGGGAUUUAAUUCUCAUUGAAGGCAGUGAUAUUCUCCUACGAACUGCUCUAGCUAUUUGGACUUUUUUAGAAGAUCGAAUUAUUAGUGCCAAGACUCCUGAUGAUUUCUAUUGCAAAAUGGGCACAUUGUCUGCAGAGUUGCUCAAUGGAAAUCUGAUUGACUGCAAUGGGUUAGUUCAACGUGUGGUUGAUCUAGGACCUAUAGCUGAUCUACAGCAACUGAGAGACAAACAUGUGUACAAUGUGACAAACUUCAGAGACAAGAAAGGAUACAAGCUUUUCUAUUCGGACGACGAAGGUGAUUCAGAUGAUGACUCAAGAAUGGCCGUUGCUACAGCUUGGGGACUUCGCAUGGGUCGACGUGAAUCACUCGGUGUGUCAAGCAGCCAGAGACCAGCAACUGAUCGUGAAAAAGUUGUUCUGGACAUUAAUUUACUGAAACAUCAAUACGAACGUUUAAGAGAACGACAACGUCAAGCUCAAAUAAUUCUUACAGCUGCAUGUGCACGACAACCAGCCAAUACAUCAAGUGCAUCAACAUUUCAAGUUAACCAGUUGCUCUUUGGUCGCAAUGCCAUCCUAAGCAAUAAAGGCAGAAGAAUAGGUCCACCACAGGGAUCAAUUCCACCCCCACGACGAUCAAAUGCCGCAACAAAAUCGAGAAGCUCACCAAAAUCAACUAAACGGGAUGAAACCCUGCAUUGGAACGACACAGAUGUUGUUAAAAUUCGAAAGAACAACCUCAAAUGGAAGGAUGCAAUACAUGUUGAUGAAGUCGUGGAAAAGACGGAUGAACAACAUAGUGCAACGGAGGAUGAAUCAUCUUCCAUUCAUGCUACACCAAGACUGCGAAAACGAAGUGAAUCCUCAUCGUACAGUGAGGAUUCGAGUACGAGCACCAGUUUAUGCGAUGACGACGAUGAUAAUACCUCAUCCUUCGAUGCGAGUCCUUUUAAAAAGAAACAAAGUCCAGAAGUUCAAGUGCCUACAGAGAAUAAAGUGGAAGACAUUCAAAAGUACAUUCGUGGCUUGGAAGAGGAUUCCGAUAUAACAUGCAGUGUACUGCUUCAGGAUAACCAAACUGAUAGCACUUUACCUACUUCGGGUAACGCUGAUAAACCGAAAAGUCCACCAAAAAUCUACUUUUCUGAAAACACAAAAUCCAAAAGUAUUGAAGAGGAUCCAGAUACUGAACCAUCUGGUGGCGUAAGCAAGAGUUCCUUUCUCUCAAUUGAGGUUUCAGCCGUUGAUAGCAUUACCAGUACGAGUCAGUUAUCACCUAUUGGUGAUAUCACCGGAUAUCUCAGUACUUCAUGCAUAAGUCCUCUGAGGACACCAUCAUGCACCUUUGAAUAUACGGAUUUCCUGACAAAUAUAUCAGGAGAUCCCUCACCUGAACGUCAAACAGGUUCAAUGGAACUCGAUGCGGAAUUAGAGAAGUUUGAUUUAGAUGAAGCUGGGAUAACGAAUAAAUUGUUUGAAAGAAUAAUUUCCAUGGAUCGCCCGAAGAAACUCGACUUGCCAGACUUUACGAAAAAGCCAACAACAAUCUGUUCAACAACAUCAACGAAAUCCGUUGAAAAUAUUGUAUCAGAAAGGGAAGCUCCACGAUCAAUUUCUCUGAAUCCUUCUGAUCUUUAUCGCGAUCCUUCGCCAUUUUAUACAUCAAGUACACAGAAGUUAUCACAAACAACGCUAAAUCUCACAACACUUCCAACGAGCAAGGAUACUGUUGACUUCGAAGUUGAAGAUCUUCCUCAGAUUCUUCAGUCAACAUCCGAGCAAUCAUUCGUAAAGGAAGACUCAGAGGAAAUGAAACCGUUGGCAGUAAGUCCGAUUGAAUUUGGGAAUAUUGAGCCAACUGCUCAAACUAUGACGCAGAGUGAUUUAUAUUCAGACAAACAACUUACUGCAAGUUCUUCAACUGAGAAUUUGAAUGAACAUUCUUCAAAUAGACGCAACAGCGAUCGAGCCCUAAAGAUCAUUCAAGAGAAUUCAUUAAUCCUACAUCGAUUGCUGAAGAAAAAUCUUUCAGAUACUGAACAAGCUAGCAGCAGUAACAUCGAGCUUCAAGAUGAGGAAAACGUUGUUAAUUUAAACGAUGAUCAAAAAUGCGAAUUUUCUCCUGAAAAAAUUGAUGUUAAAAUUGAAUUGACUACAGAUGAAGAUGAAAGAAUCACAGCUAAUACAGCGCCAAAUGAAGCAGUUGUUGUUACUGAAAAUGAUCAAAAUAUUGAGAUUGUGACUGAAGAAGUAACAGAGCCUGACAAUAUUCCCAUUUCUCCAAUUUAUACUGCACCCAAAAUAAAUCUUCUAGAUAGUUCUUCGUACAAAAGAAUUGAAUCAUUGGAUGAGUCGAAUAGUUCAAAUAUAUCGGAAACUUUGACAUCAAUUGAGAAUACAAUAAAAUCAAUUAAUUCCCUUUGUCAAGAUCGAGAGUCAUCAAUUCAUCCCAAUAGACGGAGUCGUUUAAUGGAGGAAAUUGAGGAAAUUAUAAGAAGUCCAAAUCUCAGUGAUUCCAAAUUAAAAUCCAAAGCAAUAACUAUCUCACCGCCGUAUGAUGCAAAGGAUGCGAAUUGUCUAACAACAUUAGCUCGAGGAUCACGCGAUCUAUCCAAAGCUGCAUCACCGCGUAGGCGAAGGGAUGAAGAACGGGAAGAGUAUGAAAGUCGAGCAACACGAAAUCUUCCAACAAUACCGAGUAUUACGAAAACCUUGGCGGAUUCAUCGUCAGACUACAAAGCAUACGGCUCAUCUGCAAUCAAUAGGAAGUAUCCGGAUAAAUUAGAAAUUCGCCAUACAACCGUUACGGCAACACUGUACGACAGGUACCUUUCGCAGAAGAAUGAAAAAUCAGCGAGACUCGAUAAGUCACCAUCAUCUCCGGUGAUUACGAAAAAUUACUUUGACUACCUAACAGCCACUUCAACUGAUCGGAUUACAAAAUCAGCUGAAAAUUCCCCAUCGAGGUAUGCAACUUCAAUGACAAUAUCCCCAAAUCCCGAAAAUCCAUCUUCAUACUCAUCAUCAACAAUCUCUGCAACGUCUCCCACGAAGGAAACCCCACACAUACUAUCACUAGAUACAACUGGUCGUACUUAUAGUGAUAUUUCGCAUAGAUAGUUACUACUAAAUAAUAAAUCUCGAACCACACUAUUAGAUUCACCACCUUACCAGUCUUCAGUUCUAUAAACAAGCAGGACAAUUGCCUUGAAUUUAAUGACGAUUGAUCAUUUCAAAUCAAUUCCAAUCAACACUCCUUCACGUGUUGUGAACUGCAAUUGAAUAAAUCUGUAGAUAUAUAAAGAAAAGAAAAUUAUGAUAUAAAUUAAAACAGUAUUGAAACGCUUAUUUAUUCGUGUAUAGUAAAAUGCCAUUCUAAAAAUAAAAUCUACCAAAUUAUUCAAAAUUAAGCCAAAAGAGAAAUCAUUUAAUUAACUAAAUUGGUAGUACUGAUGAAUAAAAACUUACAUUUAGGAUGAUAAAAAGUAAUUGCUACAAGAUUAUGUAUAAUGCUUCUAUGUAGAUACUGUGUAGGAUAGAAUAACACUGAUUUAUUUUUGUGAUAAAUAUUAUUAGAUUAAUUGAAGAAAAGUAAAAUAUUUAUGUUAUUCAGUGCCAAUUUGAACGUACCAUUGGAUAUUUAAGAAUUCGUUUAACAACUUUAAACGCGUAAAAAUUCUAUAAAAAAAACGUCAUGUAAUAAAUCUAAGAUUGUUUCCUUAACUAUUAAAAAUAAUUUGUGAAAAAAUAGGUUUUAAAAAGUUAACAAAAAAGAAUUUAAUUUCCUUGAAAUUGCAUGAAAAAAUCAUUUCAGAAUAUUAAAAAAUUACAUGAUGUUCAUUUGAAACAAAACUAUUCUAAAGUACUUGCUGAUUCUCACAUUUUCUUAUGAAGAAUUUAAAAAUUCUAACAAUGUGUGUGUCAACUUACUUGAUCAGUCUUCAAAUGAACUGGUGAAGGAAUGAAUUAAAAACUUUGUAAUAAAGUUGAAAAGGGAACUCAAUGCCUUCCUUUCAAUGUUAUCCCGUCCUCUAACUAUGUAGCUAAAUACUUGAUUUCAAUUAAUAUUUAUUUAUUUUCUAUUAGGGAUUCUAAUUGCUGAAAGAAAGAUUAAAAAAAAAGUAAAAUAAAUUUGUCAGCAAGUGUUUCUGAAUAUUUGUUCAAAUACAAUUUAAAAAAACAAAAAAUGUUUAAAAGGAAUAUUUAAAACAAAAUAAUAUAUUUCUAAUUAAAUAAAUGAAAAUGUUACA